AUGUGUACUUGUUUUAAGGAACCUGUGGGCCUCUCUCUUGCAACACAACAUAUCACAACAUAUCAAAUUGGAUGAGCUGGUAUGACGCCCAGAGCUACUGCAGAUCACACUACACAGACCUGGUCACUAUUGAGAAUCAAACUGUGAAUGACCAGCUGUUACAAAUCUUAGGACAAAGACAGGGAUGGAUUGGGCUGCGACAUGGAAAUGACACUUGGCAAUGGUCCGAUGGAGACCAGCUGACCUACAAAAAUUGGAAUCCAACCCGUUACUGUGCUCGGGUUCAACCAGAUGGCUCAUGGGCAGAUUCCAUUUGUUCUGACCAAAUCCCUUUCAUGUGCUACAAGGAAACUAGCAACACAAGUGUUAGAGGUAUGUCUGGAUCAAUGAAAGAAUGAACUGGUACAGUGCUCAGAACUACUGCCGAGUGAACUACACUGACCUGGUCAGUAUAAGGAAUGAAAGUAAAAAUCAUGAGAUAAUGAAGAAGGCACAGGGCAGUCCAUUCUGGAUCGGCUUGUUCAACAACCCUUGGAAAUGGUCUGAUGGAGGGACAUCAACAUUUAAAACCCCCAGCACUUAUUGGUAUGGGUACUGCUGGAAAGGACAGGAACUCUGUGUAGGUGGUACACAGGGUGGAAAAUGGAAAGAGUAUGACUGCACACAGCCCAAUCCAUUCUUCUGCGGUAAAAGAAAAGAAACAAAAAAGAUGUUUCUGAGAAUCAAUUUUGAAAGUCAGAUCAAUGCAGAUGUCCACAUUUUCAGCGAUGCCAUCUUAAAUGAGUUAAAGAAAUAUAUUCCCCAACAAGCUCUAAUGAACAACAAUAUUUCUUGGGUGAAGAGUAACCAAGGUGUGAUUUUUACAAAAGAAAAGAAUAAGGGAGCAACAUAAAGGGUCAUGCGGUUCCCAUAAAAGAAUGACAUUCUCUCUGAAGUAGAUGGCAAUUAUUUUGUGUUAAGUACCGUAUAUUUAACUACAGCUUGUGGUCUUUCUGAAUAUGUGAUUGAAGUAAUCUUUACACAAUUGUAGAAAAAAUGUUAAACUCAGAUGUUUGAUUUUUAUGUGCUGUUUAGAAUAUUAUGAAUUUUCAGUCUGGAGUAGUUUAAGAGUAGAAAACAAGAAGCUGUCUUUUUCAUAGUUGUUUUGGGUAUCUCUAUGUCACUUUUUAUGCUUAUGCUUCUUUGUGCAAUUGUACAAAAUAA